AUGCCAAAGUCGACGACAUCCACAUCGACUCGUCGAGCUCGUGAAUUAGUCACUCAAGCCAACACAGCGAGAGCAAAGGUGGUUAUUGAUCUCACGGGAGAUUCCGAUGGCGAACCUAGCAAUAGUAAUAGCAACCGCCGUAUCGCCCACAACACCACUGCCACCACGGCGACAACAACACCGGCUCCUUCUCGGGCAAGACAAGCUAUAGCUGAUACCCACCAUGCCAUCAACGCUCUACAACAACGCAAGCGCAAGAAGGCUACUAGAAGACCUCCUAUGAGCGCUACAGCCAUGAGGAAUAUGCAAUCUCGUUUGCAACGAGCUCUCACUCAACGUAUGUUUGUAUUCAAACGUGAACAAAAAGGCCAAUACCAUGCCGAAUUCCAAGUCCUCGGAAGUACCGGAAAUCUUUAUACAGUCAAGAUUGCGAACCGUAUGACGUGUAGCUGCUACGACUAUGUUUCCAGACACCUUCAUUGCAAACAUAUGCUAUUGGUUCUUGCCAGAGUGUUCAACUUGACAGGCGAAUCCCCUGCCUACGCGUCACUUUCAUUAACAGAUGAGGAAUUGCAUGACAUGUUUGCUAAUUGCAGUCCAGCACCUGGGGUCAUGGUGGAUGAAAGGGUCAAAGCAGCUAUUGAGAGAAAACUGGAUGGUGUACCUGAAGAAGACCGCUCGAAUCGCAAACCAUUGGAUGAUGCCGAUUGUCCCAUAUGCUAUGAAGCUUUAAGCGACUCCCAACCCAAUACGAUUACCUAUUGCAAGACUUGUGGAAACAAUGUUCAUAAGGGUUGCUUUACGCAAUGGAGUAACCAAUUAUCACGACAAGGAUUGGAGAUCAGCUGUGUAUUCUGUCGAACUACGUGGGAAGAUCCUAAUGCUAAGAGAAAGGCGAAAACAAGUGAAGGUUAUGCCAACUUUGCUGAUGAAGCAGGUAUAUCCACGGUGCGAGAUACAUCCACUUACCGCAGCAGUGCAUUCUGGGAGGGAGGAUACAGGCGUCGACGACGACAAUACCCUGGUGAACGUCGCCCUCCUCCUCCAGAUGAUUACGAAGGUGAUAUCGCCGAUUGGUACGGUGAUCCGGCUUAUUAUUACUUGUAA